AUGAAAGUAAGCGAGCUCCAGAAGGGGAACCAGCUAAUAAAGUGCAUUAGGAGAAUAAACAUUGAGUACCGGUACUCUGUAUACGACUACGAGCCUGGUGAGCACUUUGGAGUCAUCCACGUUUCCCUCAUGCUGCACAUGCACUCGCCGCAGUAUGUGUUUGGGCGCAUAGAAAAGAUAAAGGCGUCGCAGAGCAAAAGGGUUCCCGUGGUGCUUCUUCUGAUAAACGCAGACAUAUUCACAAAGUCGAUUGCCGCAGCGUUCUCCAAGCUGCAGGUCGACUGCAUGGCGCUCUCAGUGCAGAUAAUACCAGCGCACACGCCCAUGGAGUGUGCCAGGUACAUAGAAAACAUGCACCUGCAGAAAAGCGACCCAGGGCAUCUGAGAAACUACAAGGCGUCCCUGGAGAGGGCAAAGCGGCAGAUCCCAGGGGGCGCCACAGAGCUGGAGGCGCGGAGGCACUUGUUUCUCACGGCCAUACAGAAAGUAACAAAAACAGACGCGGUGCGGCUUCUUUCGUCUAAAACCAUUCGGGAGAUCUCCAACGACUCGGUGCAGUGUACAAUAGAGGAAACAAAGAGCAUAGGCAAGUCGAAGAAGAAUUCGCUAAAAGAGUUUUUCAUGCAGAAAUUCAAUUAG